UCAAGACACAUACCAGAACUUGAACUUACAGCGAUACAGCUUCGUCACGAAGCUACUGGCGCAGAACAUUUACAUAUUGCUCGUGAUGAUGAUAAUAAUGUCUUUGGUGUGGGGUUCUCAACACCACCUAUGAAUAGUAGUGGGACUCCGCAUAUUUUGGAGCAUACCACGUUAUGUGGCAGUAAAAAAUUUCCUGUACGAGAUCCUUUUUUUAAAAUGUUAAAUCGUAGCUUGGCAAAUUUCAUGAAUGCUUUUACAGCAAAUGAUUAUACAAUAUAUCCAUUUUCUACAACUCACCUAUUGGAUUAUGAAAAUUUGAGAGAUGUUUAUAUGGAUGCAACCUUUCAUCCUCAUUUAAGAGAACUAGAUUUUAAGCAAGAGGGAUGGCGACUUGAGCAUCAAAUUCCUCACGAUAAGACAACACCUUUACAAUUUAAAGGUGUUGUAUAUAAUGAGAUGAAAGGACAGAUGUCAGACGCAGGAUACUUGUAUUAUUCCCAAGUUCAACAAUCUAUGUAUCCAGGAACAGCUUAUGGAUAUAAUAGUGGUGGUGAACCAAAGAACAUCACAGAUUUAACGCAUCAAGAACUUUUAGAUUUUCAUAAAUCCCAUUAUCAUCCAAGCAAUGCAAAAUUUUAUACAUAUGGCAACUUUUCAUUGGAAAAUCAUUUGAUUGCUAUUAACAAUAAAAUUAAAGAUUUUACAAAAUUGGUUCCUGAUAAAGGAAUUAAAAUAGUUAAAUCAUUUGAUAAACCUCAAAGAAUAGUUUUUCAAGGACCUAUUGAUCCAAUGAAUAAUCCCGAAAAACAGACAAAAAUGUCUAUUUCUUUUCUUACAAAUGAUAUAACAGAUGUUGUUGAAACUUUUGCUUUGAGAUUAUUUGCAUAUCUUCUUUUAGAUGGUCAUGCAUCACCGAUGUAUAAAGCUUUAAUUGACACAAACAUAGGAUCGGAUUUUUCAGAAAAUACUGGAUAUGAUUCAUCUACAAG